AUGGCUUUCUCCUUCCUUUCAAUCUUCAUCCCCGGAUUUCCAAAGAUAACCACAGCACCGUUCGUUGGCUACAACUUCUACGCAGGCCUGCAUACUAAAACCACUUGCAAGUCGAAAACCAAGCUUAGCUCGCCCAAGACAGUUUGCCUGAUGAACCUGUACGACUCGAGUAUUCCCACUAUGAACUGCCUGAACCUCGUCGCGUCGACUGACGUUAGGUGCUACCUGGAGUACCCGGUCGGUCCUCUCCGACACGCUGCAGCUAAGAAGCCGAAGGCCCGCUCAGGCUAUGCCAAGUCUUACCAGAGCUGCCCCAGCUAG